AGACUUCUUGUUGCCUGACUCAUGACUAAGAGAGAACCAAUGGUUUAUUUCCUGGAUAGAAUUUGUGAAAAAGGAAAAUGUAGUAUCAGUCUUAUAAUACAUUAUGACUAAAAUGGCUGUGACUGUUGUACAGCAUGCAGUAGCUUACUGGCCACCAAAUGAGAAAAGUGCUCGGAAACCUAAAAUCUGGGUUCUAUAUCCAGAUUACAAACAUAGUCUUUUGGUGAAGGUUGCAUCCAUCAGGGAAGUGGUAUUGGGUGCCCCUUUAAGGUGCUAUCCUGCAAUCUGCAUGGGAAAUCACUUUCUUUUAACUGGUGGAAAAUGUCACAGGGGCGUUUCCAAUGAGAUUCAAGGACUCCACAGAUACUGUCUUUGCUACUUCCUUCCUGAAGGGCUUACAGGUGGACUUAAUAAUGCUCCUCGAUUGUGGUCUCCUUCUACACCUAUGGAACUAAAUGGAGCUCCUGAGGACGCAUUAUCUGCAAAUGCAGAAUUUGUGAGUUUUGGAAAAAAAUUGGACCAUACCGUGUCGAACUCGUCAACAUUUAAUGCAUAUGUGAAUGAUAAUAUCAUGUUAAGUGCUCAGAGGGAUUUAUGCAUACCCGGAUGCAGCAACUUGUGGAGUCUUUAAUUCAAGUAGGCUUUGCACAGUCUUCAACAGCCAUCCAUUCUUUGAGGUUACUUUAAUGCUUAUAAGAAAUCUACCUUAUUUUGCAACAGGCUCUGAAUCGUGCCAAACCGGAUUCAGAGGAAUCUAAGAAGACAGCAAAUACCAGAUCUUUCACAAAGGUUGGUAUGUUAUGCAAAUCCAUUCUAAGGAUGUUUGAUAAGCCACGUUUAUGCCCCCUGUAUGGUCUUCAAUGUAAGAUGUUGACUUUAGAACCACAAAGACAACAGCAGUUAAUGCCUGACUCCAAGAAGUCAUUGGCGACGAACUUCCUUGCGUGUCCAUCGGGACUGAUUGAUACUGGUGCUUGUCUUUUCUUCCUUACAUUGAAACAAAAUAAGAAUCAUAGAGUAAUGAUGGGGGGACGAAAUCGGGGACGAUUUUGGGGUACGACAAGUUAUGCAAGGGUCAAAUUAGUAAUUACACAACAUGCAUGAAUCCUCCCAUCACUUGUCGUCUCCCAAAAUCGUUCCCCAAUUUCAUCCCCUCCAUCAUUAUUCAAGAAUCAUAUUAUAGUUUCCUAUAUGCUAUGGACAGAGUUCUUAGUCCUGUUUGACCAAAAUGCUUUUGUAAGUUGCUCAAUUUUGUCAUUUUACACGUGAAAUAAAUCUUAACAACCACA